AUGAAAAUAUUUUUCUAUCUGGCAUAGUUUAUAAUUUAUUUUGGAGAAUCUCAAAUAACAUGGAAAGAAAUUUAUAAUACUUAAAAUUGGGAUGACUAAGAUUCUUUAUAUCCAAAAUAAAACUGGGUUUACUCUAAUAUUGAUGGGGGUCCAUUUAGUUAAUGUGGAGAUUCAAAGUUAUUUGGAGGAUAUGGUGUUUUUGGUAAAUCUUCCUUUGUUUCUUCAAAUCUAAUACUUCCAACUCAUAAUUCUAUUCGAAUUACUUUUGAUUUUUGGAAGUAAUAUAUUAAAUUAUAUUUUAGAAUUGAUUAAUGGGAUGGUGAAUAUUUCAGAUGCUUAAUUGAUGAUAAAAAAGCUGCCUAUAAAACAUACUGGGGUACAUAAGGUGAAAGUAUAUGUGGUUUACAGUUAUCAGAUUGUUUAGAAUAUGUUGAUACAAUAACAAUUACAAUUUCACCUCAUCUUUCUCCAUCUCUUAUUGUAUUUAUGACUUCAGAUUUAAAUUCAUCUUCACUUGAUGUAUGACAAUCAUAAUAUAUAGGAAUCAUGGGGAUUUAAUAAUUUUAAAAUAGAAAUUACAGAAUGUCCUGAAGGUUGUUAAUUUUGUAAAGAUUUAACAUCUCCAUGUGAUCAUUGGUUUAAUUUUGCCUCAUAUUGGAAUAGUUAAGAUGAAUCUGAUAGAUGGUAGAUUGAUAAUAAUGAACAACUUGGUUUUAGUGAAUGUGCUAAUUUAAAGAUAGCAGGAGGAAAUGGUACACUUUCAGGAGGAAAUAGUAUAUAAAAACUGAUUGAAACUUUGAUUCCUCACUUUAGAGUUCAAAUAGUUUUCAAAUUGUGGGGAAUUGGUUCUUGGAAUAAUGAAUUAUUUAAUUUGGAUAUAGAUGAUAACACUAUAUAACUAAUCAAAUUAAUACGCUAGAUUCAAUUAUUAAAUUUUCUUAAUAAAAUGUGA